UUCUUUGAUGGGUGUGUGUGUGUGUGUGUGUAGGCGGUUGGCUGCUAGCGAAGGCCCAAGUGGGGAUUCGCCCUGGGAGCGAAGGCUCGGACAAAAGUAGUUAGUUAUAUCGGGCACCUUUUUCAGUGUCCAUUCAGCAAACAUUUAUAGCUGACCUAAUCAAUGCCAGACAUCGCUAGGGUCCUGUACCAAACCAGGUUCCUCCGUUCCACAAACGGAGGAAGCGAGGGACUAAAGUCCGGAAAUGCGAACCGAACCGAGUUCUGACAGCUCCCCCGCUACUGCGCAGACGCCCCACAGGCGCGGGCGCGACGCAGCUCUUCCAGCGCGGCGCGAGCUCAGGCAGUCCAAUGAGCUCGCGGCGCCGGGGCUGCGCACGCGCCGUUUAGUUUCUCUAGGAAGUCGAGACUUUGUAGUUGAGCGCGAAUCUCCGGAGAUGAACCCUUUAACUAAAGUGAAGCUGAUCAACGAACUGAAUGAGCGUGAGGUCCAGCUUGGGGUGGCGGAUAAAGUGUCCUGGCACAACGAGUACAAGGAUAGCGACUGGAUAUUCCUGGGAGGGCUUCCUUAUCAAUUGACCGAAGGGGAUAUCAUCUGUGUGUUUUCACAAUAUGGAGAGAUUGUUAACAUUAAUCUGGUACGGGACAAGAAGACUGGGAAAUCCAAAGGAUUCUGUUUCCUUUGCUAUGAAGACCAGAGAAGCACAAUUCUGGCUGUUGACAAUUUUAAUGGGAUCAAGAUCAAAGGAAGGACUAUCCGAGUGGAUCAUGUGUCUAACUAUCAGACUUCUAAGGACUCAGAAGAGGUUGAUGAUGUAACAAAAGAGCUCCAGGAGAAGGGCUGUGGGAUUCAUACCUCCUCACUGUGUUCAUAUGAGAGCUCUGAAGAUGACAAACGCACAAAAAAACACAAGACAGACAAAAAGGGAAAAAAGAAAAGAAAGAAAGACAAGGAGAAAAAUGACUGGGAGGUACAGGCAGAGCAGCCAGUCUCCUCUUCAUUGCCCAGAAGCAAGAUGAUAAAGGAAAAGGAUGACCCUGGCUCUAAAAAGCACAGCAGCAAGAAUUCGGAGAGGGGUCAGAAGUCAGAGUCCAGGGAAACACAGAAGCACCACCCCAGCUCCCCUGAAGUUGGGACAACCUGCCCUGGUGGAGCAAAGGAUCGAAAGAGGGAGCUGAAGAAGGAGAAGCCCAAGCAUGAACACAAGUCCUCAAGGAGGAGGGAAGAAAGAGAAGAAAAGAAUAGGAAUAGAGACAGAGGUCGGAGCUCAGACACCCAUUCUAGCUGGCACAAUGGGCGAUCAGAAGGCUGUAGUCAUAGAAGUGGAAGCAGGAGUGGAGGUAAAUCCCAUAGGCAUAAAAGGGCCUGGCAUUCCCGGGAUGGUGUGUCCUCCAAUCCCAGUGAGCAUGGGCAUCGCUGAUGCUGCAGCUUGUUCAACUGCU